GGGAACCCCGCCUAGGUAGACUUGAUUGAGUGGCAGCUGACUAACGCAAUAAAUUGUUCUUUACCCGGACACUCGCCGACUCUCCGACCACAUACAGAAUAAUCAAUAUGAAUAUGUUUGCAAGGUAAGCCUUACCUCUUGUCGAUGACCAAAAUGUAGGUCUGUCACAGGGACGCAAUUGCUGGAAGCGCUCUUGCUUCCCCUGUGGUCAGCUUAUGUAAAGUUACACCUGCCCGUGCCUGUCGCCCUCUCCCAUGACCAGGUUCAAGGAAGAAAAGGAGCCUCCUCGCAUGACUAUGCCUCCUCGAAUUCUGAUUUCCUCUCAUGAUUGACCAUGCAGGAUCCAGACGUGAGCCUAAGCAGUCCCGUGAUAUCAUGCUUGCGCACCAGGCUGCGAUCUAAGUUUCCAAACAUCAGGUUCUCAAAGUCCAAGCUACGUCUUUUUCUUGAGACCAUCGAAAAGCGAACGGACCUUCCCAAGUCUCCACUACACAAUUCAGAAUUCGACCCUUUCAAUACUCUGCCGAUAGCUAACUCCGCCUGCGUUGAGCAGACCGUCUUAUACUAUAUUCAAGAUUGGAGUCCUAAGUUUGGCCCAGCGUUUGCUUUCGAAGACCAUCCCAACCCUUUCCUGAGCCUCUUGUGGCCCUUUGCCCUGCAGUCCGACAUUUACUUUGAAAGCAUCAUCGCUCUGAGCAGAGCCGCGCUUUUGGCCGACCGUGGUGAAUCCGCAAACGCUGACAAAGCUUUCAUCCGCCAUAGAGGCAAUGCCAUAACUAAAUUACAGGCGCGGUUGCGGAGCCCGGAUCAAUGCAUCCAAGACUCGACCAUUCUGGCAGCAUCUGUUCUCGGGACCAUCGAAUAUAUCCUAGGUGACCAUGCGGCAGCUGCGGCUCACACCAUGGGGCUGAAACACAUGAUCAAACUCCGAGGUGGCAUGAGCCAGAAUACGCCUUUAGAACGACAGCUUCGUGCCGUUGUCUUCGUUUAUGAGUCUCUAUGGUCAAGUCUCCCAGCAUCCGUGCCCACAACCGAGCAGAGCGAGCAGAGUCCAAUAUACCUGAAGCAUCCUUUCACACCAGAAGUCUGUCAAAUACUCUCAAAUAUCCCUCCGGGCUUUUGCGACGUCGCUCUUACCGGUGUGCUGUCUCUCCAAACGAUACGGCUUCUAAGCGAUUUGACUGCCACGACAGCUCAGUUGAAUGGUCCAAAGUACCUGACUAUCGAUGCGAGCUUGGAACACAGGAUACAGACGACCCUCGAGAUCUUGCACUCCCCUUUAAUCUGGCGAGUCACGGAAACAGAACGGAACUUGUGCCAUGGACUCGUCGUGUACUGUUACUUACUACGGUUGAUACACUUCCAUGAGGUCGUCACCGGUUAUUGUGGGUUGGUGCUGCAGUCUUUCGCUGAAUCUGCCCUGCGACGUACUCCAACCCUCACGGCUUUUGGUCCUAAGUGUCAUGUCUGGACUUUGAUGAUGGUUGUCGAACUCCUGAAAUACGCGCAACGACCGACUGCACAGUGGAUACCACUGCUUCAGCAGGCCGUCGUUAGAUGGCCAGAAUUCCGGCAGUGGGACGAGUUGGAAGGAUAUCUGAAAACCUUUUUCUGGGAUGAGAGCAUGGGUACGUUAUCGAGACUGGCGUAUGACGAAGCUGCCGUUACGCAAGAGGCAUUUCAUGAAGUUCACCCUUGAACAGCAAAGGAACAAUGCCGACAUGUUUACGACACUUUACGACACUUGACGAUGUGAUGCCACCGGAUGCUUCAUGCUCGAGCCUGGGCCUUGCAUGGGGUUUCUACGGAAUCGUAUACGCACCAUCAACAACAAUAUUUGCGCCAGUCAUGAAGCUGGACGCAUUUGACGCACAG